AUGCGGCCAGAGAAAAAGAGCAAGAACGUGCCCGCGGCGAGUGGCAGUGACCGCAUAGAUGCGCUUCCGGAUGACGUCCUGGAGCACAUCAUCGGCUUCCUGCCGGUGGAUGAGGCUGGCCGGACAUCGGUGCUCGCCAGGCGCUGGCGCCACCUUUGGAAGUACGCCACGGCCCUGCGAAUCAGGUGCGUCGAGGACGACGCGUGCUUCUCGCAUCAGCGAGGCUUGAAGCACUCCCAGGAUCCGGAGGCCAUCGACGGUAUGCUACGCCUCCGCGGACGUGCGCCCCUUCAAGUAUGUGAGCUCACGUUCGAUUGCUUCUACAAGGACGACGACGUUGUCCGCCUCAACCGUUGGGUCCGCCAUGUCGUGAUGUGCCAAGUUCAGAGGUUCAGGCUGGAGAACUUUUAUGCCGCUGAGUUCAUGGAGUUGGACAACCUGCCUCUCGUCUCGCGGCACUUGACCAGGCUAGAGCUUGUUGGCCUUUUGUUAAACAGCGAUUUUUGCGACUUCUCGAGCUGUCCGUCGCUACAACAUCUGGAGCUUAGCGACUGCUAUUUUCGGAAUGUCAAGAGGCUCUCAUCAGAUUCCGUGAAAUGGCUAAGCAUGACGGAUUGUAAUUUCAGCACAGAGAGCAGCACUCUUAUUCUUGUCCCAAGUCUUGUGUCACUACGCCUACAUGCCCACCUGUACAGGCCUCCUAUUCUUGGGAGCAUGCCAUUAUUGCAAGAGGCAUAUGUUAGAGUUCCCCUUUUGGAUAAUUUCCCGAUGGUUUGUGAAGAGGAAAAUUGUUACUCUUGUCAUGAUAUCAUGGAUAACAACAAGUGUGCCCUUCUGAAUGGUUUAUCAAAUGCGGAGAAGUUGGCAUUGCUAUCAGAAUCCACCACGUUUAUUUUCAAAAGCGAUUUGAAGCAGUGCCCUACAUUUAGCAAGUUAAAGACAUUGUUACUCAAUGAUCACUGGUGUGUACCUCCUGACUUCUCUGCACUAACCUGCAUUCUCAAGAACUCACCAGUGCUAGAGAUGCUCGUUCUUCAACUCUUUUCCAAGGAACAUGACCAUAUAGUGGAAAUAGAAGGAAGAUACCAUCCAAUGGUGGACAGAUCAGCUGUGAUAUCAAAAGACCUCAAGGCAAUCAAAAUCAAAUGUGAAGCGGUUGAUGAGAACGUCCACAAAAUUUUAAAGUUCAUGUGCACACUUAACAUAUGGAGGAAGAAUCUGGCCGUCAUGGCUGAUCCAUUGAGCCCUAGCAAUAUGGUUCUACAUGAAGAUGAUUAUGAGAAAGCUCGUGAAGAGUAUGAGGAAGCUCGUGAAUAG